AUGAUGUCAUACCUGAAAGUUAUGAUCAUAUGGAACAUACUUUGCUUGUCCUUGGUGGUCCUUUCACUGUCCUUGAUUCCAGAAGUAUCUUCUCAAGAUGUAUCGAGCUGUACAGGGAGAUGUGGGGCAGGGUAUUCUAGAGAGCAUGACUGCCAGUGUGAUUUUAACUGUCACCACUACAUGGAGUGCUGCCCUGACUUCAGGAAAGUCUGCACAGUGGGUGCCUCCUGCGAGGGACGCUGCUUCGAGUCCUUCCAGAGGGGAAGGGAGUGUGACUGCGAUGCCGACUGCGAGCGCUACGGCAAGUGCUGCCCAGACUACGCCAAGCACUGCAAAGAGGCACACACAGAAAAGCCAACCCCAGAGACUCCUCCAGAUAACAAAUCUAAAAGGUCCUCCACAGAUGAGGAAGAGUCACCAGAGGAACCUGUGGAAGAUCCUGAAAUCCAAGUGACAACUCCUGCUCCAACUACAGAAGCUGCAGAGACAACACUUGCAGCCACAGAGGCACCAACUACCAUGGAAGACAGUCCUACAACCCCAAAGGUAGAGGACACAACCCCUGAUGCCACUGAGGAACCAGUGACCGAAGCCGACCCGCCCACUCCGGACACGGCAGAAGACGUGACCCCCGAUGCCACGGAGGAACCGCCGACUGAAGAGGAUCCGACCGACCUCCCUGCAACACAGGACCCAACCCCUGACGCCAGCGAGGCACCAGCAACGGAGAGCGAGCCUGCCAGCACGCCCACACCUGAGGAGACAACCCCAGAGGAGGUGACAACCCCCACACCAGAGGAGACAACCCCAGAGGAAAUAACAACCCCUACACCAGAGGAAACAACCCCAGAGGAACCUACAACCCCUACACCAGAGGAGACAACCCCAGAGGAGGUGACAACCCCCACUCCAGAGGAGACAACCCCAGAGGAGCCGACAACCCCCACACCAGAGGAGACAACCCCAGAGGAACCAACAACCCCCCCACCAGAGGAAACAACCCCAGAGGAACCUACAACCCCUACACCAGAGGAGACAACCCCAGAGGAGCCAACAAGCCCUACACCAGAGGAGACAACCCCAGAAGAACCUACAACUCCUACACCAGAGGAGACAACCCCAGAGGAGCCAACAACCCCCACACCAGAGGAGACAACCCCAGAGGAGCCAACAACCCCCACACCAGAGGAGACAACCCCAGAAGAACCUUCAUCUCCUUCUCAUGUGGAGACAACCCCUACACCAGAGGAGACAACCCCAGAGGAACCUACAACCCCAACCCCAGAGGAACCUACAACCCCUACACCAGAGGAGACAACCCCUACACCAGAGGAGACAACACCCCCAGAGGAGCCGACAACCCCCACACCAGAGGAGACAACCCCAGAGGAACCAACAACCCCUACACCAGAGGAAACAACCCCUACACCAGAGGAGACAACCCCCACACCAGAGGAGACAACCCCAGAGGAACCUACAACUCCUACACCGGAGGAGACAACCCCAGAGGAAUCAACAACCCCUACACCAGAGGAGACAACCCCAGAGGAACCUACAACUCCUACACCGGAGGAGACAACCCCAGAGGAACCAACAACCCCUACACCAGAGGAGACAACCCCAGAGGAGCCAACAACCCCCACACCAGAGGAGACAACCCCAGAGGAGCCAACAACCCCCACACCAGAGGAGACAACCCCAGAGGAGCCAACAACACCUACACCAGAGGAGACAACCCCAGAGGAGCCAACAACCCCUACACCAGAGGAGACAACCCCAGAGGAGCCAACAACCCCCACACCAGAGGAGACAACCCCAGAGGAGGUGACAACCCCCACACCAGAGGAGACAACCCCAGAGGAGCCAACAACCCCCACACCAGAGGAGACAACCCCAGAGGAGCCAACAACCCCUACACCAGAGGAGACAACCCCAGAGGAACCAACAACCCCUACACCAGAGGAGACAACCCCUACACCAGAGGAAACAACCCCAGAGGAACCUACAACCCCUACACCAGAGGAGACAACCCCAGAGGAGCCAACAACCCCCACACCAGAGGAGACAACCCCAGAGGAACCAACAACCCCUACACUAGAGGAAACAACCCCUACACCAGAGGAGACAACCCCCACACCAGAGGAGACAACCCCAGAGGAACCUACAACUCCUACACCGGAGGAGACAACCCCAGAGGAACCAACAACCCCCACACCAGAGGAGACAACCCCAGAGGAGCCAACAACCCCCACACCAGAGGAGACAACCCCAGAGGAACCUACAACCCCUACACCAGAGGAGACAACCCCAGAGGAGCCAACAACCUCCACACCAGAGGAGACAACCCCAGAGGAACCAACAACCCCUACACCAGAGGAGACAACCCCCACACCAGAGGAGACAACCCCAGAAGAACCUACAACCCCUACACCAGAGGAAACAACCCCAGAGGAGCCAACAACCCCCACACCAGAGGAGACAACCCCAGAGGAACCAACAACGCCCACACCAGAGGAGACAACUCCAGAGGAAACAACAACCCCCACACCAGAGGAGACAACCCCAGAGGGACCUACAACCCCUACACCAGAGGAGCCAACAACCCCCACACCAGAGGAGAUAUCCCCGGAGGAACCAACAACCCCAGAGGAGCCGACAACCCCUACACCAGAGGAGGUGACAACUCCAGAGGAGGUGAAAACACCCACACCAGAGGAGACAACAACCCCUAAACCAGAAGAGACCACCCCAGAACAGCCAACAACCCCUAAACCGGAGGAGACAACCCCAGAGGAGGUGACAACCCCUAAACAAGAGGUGGCAGCCCCAGAGGAGGUGACAACACCCACACCAGAGGAGCCAACACCCCCUAAACCAGAGGAGCCAACAACACCUGCAGCAGAUGACCCAACCACCCCAGAGGAGUUGACAACUCCCAAACCAGAGCAGACCACCCCAGAGGAGCCAAAGGCAGACUCUCCCACUACCCCUAAACCCGAAGAAACAACCCCAGAAGAAACUACAACCACAGCAGACUCUCCCACUACCCCUAAACCUGAAGAGACAACCCCAGAAGAAACUACAACCAAGGCAGACUCUCCCACCACCCCUAAAGCAGAGGAUGCUGACUCUCCAACCACUCCUGCAGCCCCUGAGGCCAGUACCCCUGCCAGUAAAGCCACGGCUUCUCCGAGCAAUGCCGCAGCCACAACAGUUGGAAUGGACUCCACCACACUUGAGGCAGGCACGAUGCUUUCAGAUACCACAAUGGAGAACAAGGAGACAACAACACCCAAGAAAGACAGAACUACUCUGCUUAAAGACAUUUUCACAGCUGCAAUUGGGAAAGACACGGUUACUGUAGCUAUGGUGACAACAGCUAAGCCAGGUGAUUCUCCUAAAGAUAUGGAUGACAUUCCAAACACAGCUCCUAUGGCUGAGCAACCUGUCACCACAGCAGCUGAAUCAGAAACAACUUCUACAGACACCAAGACUGCAACAACAGCAGCCACAGCUCCCUUGCCCAAUCCCACUCUGCUGGUAACAACCAUCAAAGAUUCAACUCCUCAACCCAAUGAGGCUGUAACACCAAAUGAAAAAGAGACAACUACAGAUACUGAGCAGGCUGGGCCAGAAACAGACAAAGAGAGCCCAGGUGCUACUUGUGUUAUUGUGGAGAUGACAACAGCUGGUAAAAAAGAGGUAACGACCGUCAAAGAAAUGGACACCACACCUGAAAAAGAAAUGGAAGAUGUCACUGAAAAGGUCCCUGGUAUUGCCAAAGAAGAGGUAACUACAGUUACCAAAGAAACCACAACAAGGGAUAAAAAAGACACAAUAGAAGAAAUGUAUCUUGUGUCUAAUGGGACAUCCAAGCCAACAAUACAUUUCCAGGAGGUCACUGAGGCCAGGGAAGAACCUCACCCAACUGAACCUGAAACUCUGCCAGUGAAAGAAGAGCCAGAGAUAAACAAGCCUUUAAUACAAGUUGGGGACCUGCCAAUGUUCCCUGGGGAAACACAAGAGAGCAAGAACGACGAGAAGGACCUUUGCAGCGGGAAGCCAGCGGACGGCAUGGUAGCCCUGCCCAAUGGCACCCUGGCCGUGUUCCGAGGUCACUAUUACUGGCUGCUCAACGGCCGGACCCCGCCGACCACCAACCCCCGCCGGAUCAGCGACGGCUGGGGCAUCCCCUCGCCCAUCGACUCCGUCUUCUCCAGGUGCAACUGCGAUGGGAAAACCUUCUUCAUCAAGGGUCCCCUGUACUGGCGCUUCACUAAUGGUGUUAUGGAUAAUGGCUAUCCCAAACCUCUCGCAACUGGAUUUGCAGGGUUAAGUGGAAGAAUAGUAGCAACCCUCCCUGUGGCACGAUACAACAGCAGACCAGAAUCUGUUUAUUUUAUCAAAAGAGAUGGAAACAUGCAGCAGUACGUGUACAGACAAGAACCAGCCAAGAAGUGUCAGAGAAGAGCCCGGGUCACCAUCCGGUACCCAGCCUUUGUGCCCAGAGUCGUGAUCCGGCGCCGCUUCCAGCGCGCUGUGCGAAUGCCAACCGUCAUCCGCACCGUCAGGAUCAACUCCCACCCCUCUGGUGUUCUGCGCAAGGAAGUCCAAAUGACAACGUACUGGAGAGGGCUCCCCAAAGUUAUCCACUCCACUCUCUCCGUGCCCAACCAGAACAAGCCCGAUGGCUACGAUUACUAUGCCUUCUCUUACAAUCGGUACUACAGUUUGGAUGUUGGCAAAAGAAUAGCAAGACCUGUUACUGCUCUCACAGGAAAGACUGUAUCCAAAGACUGGUACAACUGUCCCAGCAAGUGAUGCACAGCAGAGAAGUUUAAAACAAGACGCCAUUUGAAUGUCAACUUUUUUUCUAAUUUUAUUAAUAAAAGACACUGAAAUGUGUGCACACAACUCUAA